AUGAUUCAAUUGUUAUUAUUAAUUAUCAUUACAUGCCAUUACGUUGAAUCAGAACAACGAGAUAUUCAUUGUUACUCUUGUGCCUCUGUUGAUCCUGCCAUUGUUAUAAAACAGAUUCAAGAUCCUAUUUGGUUCAAUUGGUUUAGUGGUAUCACAGUGGUCCCGAAAACUUCAUACUGCCAAGAUGACUUCAAACCGCUUUGUGAAGAUGGACUCUGUUUGAAAUUACUAUUUAUGGAGAAAAACGGUGUGAGUAAUAUAUUCCGCACAUGUAUACCGAAAGCACAUACACGUGUUCGACCCGACUGCACUAAGAUUUCCAGUAACGAAGGAUAUUUAGAAGCUUGUAUAUGCGAUGGAAAUUUAUGUAAUUCAUCAAAUAGCCUUAUGUGGCUUUUACCAAUUCUUGUCCUCUUAACCUUAUCCCAAUUAGUCUCAUUUUUGCAUAAUUGA